UGUGUUCGUGUCAGCAUGUAAAAACUAGACACAGAUUACGCAACCUAUUCUCAAAAUAUGAAUAACUCCCCCCCUGCCUUCAUAGACAUUCCCUCUUGUUUACCUUCACAACCACUAAAUCUUUAACCACCAAAAUAUUCUUUAUAACUCCUUAUUUCUUGUUUAUAUCUAUUUUUAUCUUUCCUUACCAUUUGUACCCUAAAAUUUCUCUUAAUUCGUCUUCCUCCACACCCAUCCUCGCCCUAUUUGUAAACUGUAUGUAUGUAUCAAAACAGGAGGUAACAGAUUGGAAGAUAUCUCCAAUUACAAACGCUUCCGAGAAAGAAUCAAUACAAAAUCAAGAGGACACGGGUUCAAUUAUGACUCCAUGUUAUAUAUAUAUAUAUAUAUGUAUGUGUACGUAUCUAAAUGAUCUAUCUAAAAUUGAAGAUCGUCUUAAUUACCAUAAUCGUUUUUACGUCAAAUGAACAUAAUUACAACACACCAAUGCAAGGAUGGUACUAAUUAUUUAAGCGGUGUAAAGAAAUAAUAGGUACCUUCCACACAGUGGCCAGUGUUAGUAUCAUUUCUGUUAAAAACGCAAAACCUGAAAUAUUAGGGAAUGUCAUUAUUCCUUCAUAUCGACUCCGGCACUUUACUGGAACUCGAUUUUAUCUAUUCAGAAAGAAAGACAAAACUGAUGUUUUUUGGAUUUGAAGAGACGGAAGUAAUAUUGCGGAGAUUCCAUCAACUGAACAAAUUAAUUAAAUAUAGAGGUUAAUUACUGGAUGAUUGCUAAUUAACUGCGGAAAGAAACAGCUACAGCAAUCUUUAUUAUGCUGGUGUGGAAAUAUAAAGAAAGGUUUAUUGUAAAAUGUAAAUGUGCUGUCCAGUCUGAGUUGCGACAACUUGAAUAUAUUGUGACAUCUCCGUCAUUGGCUCUGUAUUAAUAUAAUAUCAGAUGACACUGCCAUAAAAGAAAUAUUUACCGGAGAUCCAUCAAUAUUUAUCAUCUUUUAAAGCCAAACAGAUCAUACAGAACAGAUAUAACCAUUUAUUAUCUAAAUCUGUGGUAGAAUUACUGUGAAAUAUUGGCUCUGAACAGAAUUUUAAUACAAAAUGCUCUCAAAUUCACAGACUGGAAUUUGUAUUAUAAUGAUCUGAUAUUGAAAUUGAAGCUGAAUUACAAAGGAAUUUGCAGCAUCUUCGAAUAUUGACAAAAAUCACAGUUGAUAGAAAUAUAUCCGAAGAAAUUGGAAUAAAAUAUAAAAAUAAAGUGAAGAAGAACUUUUAUAUUUAUUGUGGCGAGAGAGAAACAAGAAUGGAAGACAAAUUGUGUGAGAAAAAGAUUAAAUGUGAAACAGAGUCUCAAGUUAUUGAUUUCCCUGAGGAUAUACAGAAAAAGAAAGGAAAAACAUACCACUGUGAUAUCUGUAAUAAAUUAUUCUCUCAUAAACAUACAUUAACUACACACAGACGCAUUCACACAGGAGAGAAAAAAUAUCAGUGUGAUAUCUGUGGUAAAUCAUUUAAUCAAAAUCAGAACUUAACUAUUCACAUACGCAUUCAUACAGGAGAGAAACCAUAUCAAUGUGAUAUCUGUGAUAAAUCAUUUUGUCGAAAAGGCGAUCUAAUAAGUCACAAACUCAUUCAUACAGGAGAGAAACCAUAUCAGUGUGAUAUCUGUGGUAAAUCAUUUCGUCGGAAUUGUGACUUAACUGCUCACAAACACAUUCAUACAGGAGAAAAGCCGUAUCACUGUGAUAUCUGUGGUAAAUCAUUCUCUCAAAAAAGUAGCCUAGCUAAUCACAAACGCAUUCAUACGGGUGAGAAACCAUAUCAGUGCGACAUCUGUGAUAAACCAUUUGCUAAAAAUGAUGAUUUAAGCAGGCACAAACGUAUUCAUACGGGAGAAAAACCAUAUCACUGUAAUAUCUGUGGUAGAUUAUUUUCUGAUUGUUCUGUCUUAGCUACACACAAACAUAUUCAUACAAAGGAGAGGCCAUAUCAUUGUGACAUCUGUGGAAAAUCGUUUCCUGCACCAACAAUUUUAAAUAGACACAGACGUUCUCAUACAAGAGAGAAGUUGUAUCACUGUGAUAUCUGUAGUAAAUCAUUCCCUGCACCUAGCUUCUUAACUAUACAUAAACGUAUUCACACAGGAGAGAAACCAUAUGAGUGCGAUGUGUGUAGUAAGUCAUUUUCUGUGAAGCAUCACUUAACUACACAUACACGUAUUCAUACUGGAGAUAAACCACAUCACUGUGAUGUCUGUGGAAAAUUCUUUGCUCAAAACAGUCACUUAACUGCUCACAAACAUAUUCAUACAGGAGAGAAACCAUUUCAGUGUGAUAUCUGCAGUAAAUCAUUUCUUCAAAAUAGUGAAUUAACUAUUCAUAAACUUUCUCAUACAGGAGAGAAGCCAUAUCUCUGUGACAUAUGUGGAAAAUCAUUCUUUCAAAAAGGCUGUUUAACUAAACACUUAGGUAUUCACACACCACAGUAACAAGCUCAUUAUCAGAAUAGAGUUUGUGAUAAAUGCCGUAGAAUAUUUUUUCAUGAUGAUCAAAUGAAUUUUUCCCACUUUUUCAGUUUCUUCAGUGAAUAAUUUUCUGAAGACUUCCUAAUAUUCAGAAAACUUACUGUAGAAACAAACAAGAAAAGACAAAUUUACUCAUCAAAACUUGGAAACAACACAUUUACUGCAUUGUGUUUAUCAAAACCAUCGAAAUUCACUGAAUAAAAAAUUACGCAUGAUACAACCAAAAAUAUAUUCUCCUUUCCAAGAAGCUAUCACAUUAUAUUUUGUAUAGUUACAUAAAUAUAUCUUUAGUGUGAGGUAACUUUCCUCUGUGAUAUGUUUAAUAAAGCUUUCUUUCUCCAGAUAUACAUAUAUAUAUCAUCAUCAUCGUUUAACGUCCGCUUUCCAUGCUAGCAUAGGUUGGACGGUUCGGGUGGGGUCUGGGAAGCCAGAAGGCUGCACAAGGCCCAGUCUGAUCUGGCAGUGUUUCUACAGCUGGAUGCCCUUCCUCAUUUGAUUUAUUUCCAGAAGAGAGAAAGCACACACUUUAUUUAUUUGACAUUAUGAGUAAAUUACUGAGACACAUAUUCUCUUCAAUCUUGUUAUAACAUCACUUAAAAUGUUAGAAAUCAUAGACUGGUGUCAUCAUCACCAUCAUCAUCAUUUGAUAUCUCAUUUCCAAGCUACCUUGGAUUCUGCACUCUUUGAAACUCCAACUGUUUCUACAUUUGAUUUUACAGUCUCUGAAGAUGUUUCAAGGAUCCUUCUUGCUCAUUUAUUUAGACACUGUAAUCAUGGAUGGCAAUUCAUUCUAACACCAAUCACUUUACACAGUGACCUGGGACAGUAAAUGGACACUUAACAAAAUUCCAAAAUACAGAUAUACAGCAUAGUCUCCAUGUCUGGCAACAGAUUAACAUCCAUUUUGCCCUCCUAGCAUCCAUGCAUGUAUCUUCUCUAGCUCUGUAUGUUACCAACCGUGUGGUUCACAAUCUGAUAGCUUUAGCUUCUGGACAUUUCUCUCCCUAUGUUAUGUAUUCUGCAUCUUCUAUACAUUGUUUCAUGUAUCUUACAUAUAUCCUGGUUUAAAUGUUAUUAUGGAUAUAUCCCACCAAGGGACCAAUUCUGAUGUUGGUUUUGAUUUCUACAGUUUUAUCAUUUCUUUUAUUUCUAGUAUGAUUCCUUCAUGACUUGAGGGUUAAACUGAAUGUUUAUUUGCAAGUAUGAAUGUAACCUUAAACUUGAUAUAAAUGCAAAAUGAAUGACGUAAUUUGUGAAUCAUCAUCAUAGUCAUCAGUGUUUUAUUGUCCAUUCUACAUGAUGGUAUGGGUUUGAUAUGUCUGUUACACAAGACAUUCUUUGUAAAUAUUCUUAAUUACCUGAAAUUGAAAUAAAUGUGGUGUUGCUCUUCAAUUAUUCUCCUGUUAUUCUAAAUGUAGAACAUUUAACCAAAACUUGUCCUGACACAACCAUAAACUACAGAAUUCACAGACUUGAUCAAUGUCUGAUAAAAGUUACACAUUUUCCAAACUGAUCUUCA